ACAUAAGCGACAGACAACCCUUCCUCCUCCCGGAUCUCUCUGGAGCCUCCCCCUAUAUACCAUACCUUAAGCUUGAACCCUCACAAACCCCUUGCCCACCCACUUGCCGGCCUCAAGCUAUCAUCCAUGGCGACCACCAGCCAGAAGCAGCUCCUCGCUCCUCGCCUCCUCCUUCCUCCUCUCCUGCUGCUCUUGACGCUCCUCCUAUCCACCCACCACCAACCUGCCGCCGCUUCCGAUCCACUGGUGAACCACGGCGCCAUGAGACCCACCAGCGGCAGCUCCCUGCUCCAGCAGCAGCAGCCGCCUCCCAGACUAGACUGCCCCAAGGUGUGCCUGGGCCGGUGCGCCAACAACUGGAAGAACGAGAUGUGCAACGACAAGUGCAACGUCUGCUGCCAGCGCUGCAACUGCGUCCCCCCCGGCACCGGCCAGGACACCCGCCACAUCUGCCCCUGCUACGACACCAUGACCAACCCCCACAACGGCAAGCUCAAGUGCCCCUAGUCCCUACACCACACCAUCUUCUUCUUCCUCUCCUUCAGAUAUGUGGUCUCAUGUCAUGUCCUACUAGUACGUAUGUGAUCUUCAGACACCACUCUGCACUGCAGUGUUCCCACCCUCAGGGAACAAUGGUUUGUGAUCAUUCCUCCUCCUAGCAUCAAAUAAAAGAGAGUUUCUGUUGGUUGGUCACCA